UAAGCCACAUAAAAUGUGAGUUUAAAAAACAAAAAAACAUUGUGCACCAUGCUGGAAUACGUGAGUUAAAAAAAUUCAUUUUGCACCAAGCUGGAAUAUAGUCUGAGUAUAAUCAAGACAUAACAAAGUUUACUUGUAUCAUCGCCACCUAUGAUCUUGUUCCUAUUCGGAAUUGUGAUGAGUUUUCUCUCUGUCGCCCACCUGACCUGCAAGCCUGCUGAGGAAGGCAAGAUUGCCUACUUCACCUGCCUAGACGGCAACAGCAGCGCCACGGAUAUUUUCUGGAAGCAAGGUGACGUCAUCGUCGGUCACUGUCGAAACUCCACGUGCACGUCCACCUCGACGUACGGUGUGGACAGGACGAACGGGAUGAGUACGCUGGUCAUACCCAGGGUGAGCAGGAAGGGGAACCAGUCACACGAGACUUUGUUCAGCUGUGUCAAGGAUCAGCCGGAUGGAGAGACGCUGUUCACGUGUAAGCUGGAGGUUUAUGUAUUACCCCAACGAAUGCCCACGUGUAUUUCCAAUGUGACCAUGAACCCGGACAAGACCGGCUUAGUGGAUGCCAGGUGUGAGGUCACCAACGUGUACCCGCCCGCCGUGUGUCACUUCUUCAUUAAACUAGCAUCUCAGUCCGAGUACACACGGGUCGAUGACGUGGUAUACAACUCCACCAUCACCCACACCAACCCGACUCUCUACCGCACCACCUGCGAGACGUGGUACCCGUUCCGGAACAUCGAGCACGGCACCGCCUGCUUCUACGUCAAGGUGCACCCUGAUAUUAGUGUCAAUCACGAUGAGGAAUCUCACGAGCCGAAGUCUAUCGUCAUUGGAUCUGCCGUCCAGAACCUCACACUUGGCCACGUACAACUAACCAUUGAAAUCGACCUUGGAGACAGUUGGAUGGUCUUCUCUAUCGUCCUCGUGGUGGUUUUUGUCAUCUUCUGUAUCUGUUGUGGAAUGCUCAAAAUGUUUGGUUGCUGCUAACGGAAUCAAAUGUGCCUACACCUACGAUGUGCUCUCGACUGAAUCAACGAUCAAGUAGUCAUUUCCCAGACCAACCCUUAACCAAAUUGACUCAGAUAUGGACACCAUUACGUCAUGAAUUAACUAACCCCCCUCCCGCCCCCUUUUACGGACACAUCAAUGUGCAUUGUACUUGUGAACGUCAGUUUUUUAGACCGUUUAAAUACGACUCGCAGACAUAAUAUGACUAAUAUUUAACGUUGUUUAAAUACUUAAUUUGGAUUGGUUUAAAAGUCAAGUAAUUUUUUUCAUUGAUUAACUCAACCUUUUUUGGAGAUAUCACUUGAUUCGCAAUCCAAAAACAAUUUGUGUUUAAAAUGACUUAAUAAUUUAUAAAUAUA